AUGGUGGAAGAAGGCGCUAAUAAAACUGUAGGGGCUCCCACUGUAGGAGACGAUCAACAACCGAAGGAAUUUGUACGUCCGCCAUUUACGCCAUUUCAAGAUAUUUUAGAUGCAUUCAAUUAUCUUAUGUGGAAUCCCGAGGCCAAUGCUAUUGCAAUGCCUGUCUUGAUACUUUUAGAAUCCAUUGCAAUGAAGUUCAUUCAAAAUAAAGUGUCUUAUACAGAGAUUGAUUAUACUGCAUAUAUGGAACAAAUAUGGAUGAUUCAAAACGGAGAAAGAGAUUAUUCUCAAAUAAAAGGCGGAACUGGACCAUUGGUAUAUCCAGCAGGUCAUGUAUUCAUAUACAAGAUAUUUGAGUGGGUAAGUGAUGGAUUAGAGAAUAUAAGCGAAGCUCAAGAUUUAUUCAGAUAUCUUUAUGUGAUAACUUUGAUGAUACAAUUCAUGUGUUUUGGGUUGUUGAAUAUACCUCCUGGGUAUGCGAUAUUUGCCAUACUUUCCAAAAGAUUACACUCGGUUUACGUGCUAAGACUUUUCAACGACUGUUUUACGACCUUGUUUAUGUCUUUGGCUGUGUUGGUAAUGAUACUUUGUGCGAAGUAUAAGAUUAGAGGAUUUCUGGUACUUAUCGGCAGUAGUUUUUACUCAAUGGCAGUAAGCAUCAAAAUGAACGCAUUGCUAUAUCUCCCAGGUGUGUUGUUAACAAUAUACCUAUUAGAGCGUUGUAAUACUUUCAAAAUCGUACUAAACUUAGCGGUGAUGGUUAUUUGGCAGGUAAUAAUAGCCAUUCCAUUUUGGAAAGAGUAUCCUUGGGAAUAUUUGCAAAGCGCGUUCAAUUUCAGCAGGCAAUUCAUGUACAAAUGGUCAGUGAACUGGCAAAUGGUAGACGAGGAAGUAUUCUUGGACCCACUUUUCCAUAGGUCUCUAUUAAUAUCUCAUGUCAUUGUUUUAGUCGUGUUUUUGUUUUACAAGCUGAUACCAACGAACAUGAAUACACCGGCAGGUUUACUGAAGAUUGGCAAAGCUAACCUUUUACAUCCUUUUACCGAUGCUGUAUUCAGUGCGAUGAGAGUAAACGCAGAACAAAUUGCAUACAUUUUACUUGUUACCAAUUACAUUGGAGUACUAUUUGCUCGAUCAUUACACUACCAAUUCCUAUCUUGGUACCAUUGGACGUUACCAGUACUAUUGAAUUGGGCCAAUGUUCCGUAUCCGCUAUGUGUGCUAUGGUACCUAACACAUGAGUGGUGCUGGAACAGCUAUCCGCCAAACGCUACUGCAUCCACACUGCUACACGCGUGUAACACAUCACUGUUAUUGGCUGUAUUCUUAAGAGGACCCGCAAACUCGAAAAGUGGUGAUAACGAAACAACACACGAGAAAGCUGAGUAG